ACUUUAAAUCAAUUGAUAUCAAAGUGAAGCAAUUCAUUGAAAACCAUAAAGAUGAACAUUUUACUCCUUUACCACAAAAACGAUCAAGAAAAAGAAAAAUGAUGCCUGGAGAACAAGCAAUAGAUGAACCAACUUCUGAAAUUUCUGACCCUUUGACUAACUUUAAAUAUCACACUUUUUACGUAGUGCUUGAUAUCAUAUGCAAAAUAAAAAUGGAUAAUAAAAAACGACCUAGUGAUGCAUUUCAAGGCGUAGCAUCAAUAUAUUCAAAAUAUUUCAAUGCAGAAACAUUAAAGACAGAAUUUAUAUUGGUUAUUAGUUGUUUUUCUGAUUUAGAAAAAACCAUUUGUUUACCAAAAUAUCUUCAUAAGGAUAAUAAAACAUAUUCUGAUUCUGAAUCCCAUAAUUCUGAUUCUGAGUCUGACAAAGAAUUAAUUCUUAAAGACCAUAUUGAAGAUUUUACAAAUAGCAACUCUCUUAUUUAUAUAUUUAAAUUAUUUUGCAGUUCAAAUAUCAGAUUUACACUACCAAAUAUUUACAUGCUGGUCAAAAUUGCAGUGACAAUACCUGUUUCCAGUGCUUAUACUGAACGCAGUUUCUCAAAACUUAAACUAGUAAAAACUAGAUUGAGAUCAACUAUGGCUGAGUCUAGAUUAGAGGGCUUAAUACGCAUUGACUGCGAACAUCUAUAUUCAAAUUAA